AUGCCGGGAACAACUGGAACUGGUCCAGUGGACGGGCAGUAUAAUGUACGAACACGCCCCUCACCGCUGGACUCCGACUCUUCAUACGAUUCCGAUGACAGUACAGACACAGAUUAUACCAGACGGCCAGUUGACCGCUCCAAUCUUCCCGGCGGCAAUAGGUCUCUCGCCGGUAUCUCCAUCAGAUCAUUUCUCCUUGGUCAAGCGGCUGGGCUCUGCUCAUUGCUCACCAUUAUACUGGUCUGCAAUUCAAAUGCUUUAUGGCGCGCCCCCUUCUUCGUUACAUGUCUGGCUCUUUUCCAUUUUCUCGAGUUCUACAUAACUGCAGCUUAUAGCACUUCAUUUGCAACAAUAUCAGCCUUCCUUCUGAGCUCAAAUGGUGCAGCAUACAAUAUUGCCCAUGGCUCUGCGAUGGCUGAAUGUCUCUUGAAUCGCCUUUUACUUCCGGAGGGUUAUCUACGAUGGACUUCUAUACUCUUCGGUGGAGUAAGACUGCAAGUAACUGUUGGUCUAGUCCUGGUACUUAUUGGACAAAUUAUCCGGAGUCUUGCCAUGGUCCAGGCAGGAUCAAACUUCACCCAUACAGUCCAGACCCAACGAAGAGAUGAGCAUGUCCUCGUAAAGACCGGCUUAUACAGUGUCCUUCGACAUCCAAGCUAUUUCGGAUUCUUCUGGUGGGGACUGGGGACACAACUGGUUCUUGGGAAUUUCGUCUGUUUUAUUGGAUAUGCCGUUGUGCUAUGGAAAUUUUUUUCAUCUCGGAUACAGAGAGAGGAAAAGCUCUUAAUCGGGUUUUUUGGUGAUGAGUACGUGGAAUAUAAGAGCAAGACCUGGGUAGGGAUCCCGUUCAUUCGCUAG